AUGUCUACCACUGAACUGCCAAUGCCACCGCCAGAAUGGCUAGCUAUCGUUCUUCCAUUGGUGAAGGCCGUGCUGGGACCGGGACUCUUGUGCGCAGCGGCCAUGUUCGCUUUGUCAGGUAUAACUACGCUUCAAUUAGUGGGAUACAGCAUAAGUACUGUGCGGCAACUCAAUAUUGAGGAUCUGCCUCUUGGUUUAGGUGAUUCACUAUGGAAAUAUCAUCGCAAUAAAUCACGGAGUCUGGUCUCUUUACGUCUCUGUUACUUUGACCGACCUCCAUUUCAUGCACGUCGUGAUCAGCCGUUGAAUUUCCUUGGUUACAAAUCAGUUUGCAAGACGCAUUGGAAGCGUAAAGUGACGGCCUUCAUUGUUCUGCUGAUCGUUACGAGAACUGAUAUAUGGCUUCACCGUAACCCGCAUAUUGUUCUCGAUAGCAUUCGCCAUACAAUGCAAAGAUGGAAUCUUUCCGAACUUGGUGACGGUACACGACAGGCAUUCGUUUCGAAGUUAGCGUUAUGGGUCACGAGUAAUGGCGCUAUCAUGGUCGGACUUUCCGUGUUGCUGCACACGAACAAGACUGCCUUUUCAAGGACGAAUACCUUCAUUGACAAACUCAUUACUUACGCUGUCGAAAGAUUCAUAUUAAUCACCGUGGUAGUGCUCGUUGAGCUUGUCGGAGCCACUUGGACGUUAGCCAUGGACUUCUUCAUCGCACAAUUGGAAUGCAAUUCUCUCCUCGCCAUGCUGAACGUUCGACAGAAUCUUCGCAGCACGGUCUCGCGCCCCGUACUAGGCCUCGCAAACGUCCACCCGGGUUUGCGACACGACCAUCGAGACAUAGAGCAGCAUCGUCCCACAGUCAUCGAAAUCCGGCAUAACGUCACGACUCACCGUGAUACUGGAUCUUCGAUUGACGAACCUAGGGGGGGUGGUGACGAACGGUUAGAGCAAGAUACAACCGUUCAGAAGGAGGGUGUGAAGUAUUCCUGCGCUUGGUAG